AAGCAAACAAAGAUUACCCCAUAAAAAGGCCAACACCCAGCUCAAACUAACUGUGCCAGAGAGAAUAAGAGACAUAGAGAUUGAGCGCAGAGAGAGAGAGAGAGAAUGGAGGGGGUGAGUAGAGGCAUUUUGUCUCCCAUUAUGGUGGUGGUGGUCGCCCUAAUAUUUUCCAUGGCAGUGAUGGUUCCAGAGGUGUCUGGUACUCGGUGGAUUGUGGGUGCCAAUAUGGGUUGGUCCGCGAAUGUGAACUACACCAUUUGGGCUCAAGACAAGAAGUUCUACUAUGAUGACUGGCUCUUUUUUGUCUAUGACAGGAACCAAAUGGAUGUGUUAGAGGUGAACAAAACAGACUACGAUGCAUGCAAUGCAGAUCACCCACUUCACAACUACACAACAGGAGCUGGAAGAGACGUGGUUCACUUGAACGUGACUCGCCAUUACUAUUUCAUCAGUGGCAAGGGGUUCUGCUUCAGUGGGAUGAAGCUAGCCAUUCGUGUCCAAAACCUUCCUCCUCCUCCAACAGCUGCUCCCUCAAAGAGCGAUGCUCCGGGAGGAUUCACAUACAGAGGUCAUUAUGUUCUACCUGUUGUUUUCGCAAUUGGUGCACUGUGGGAUGCAUUCAUCCACUUCUUGUAACAACACUGGUGGUGCCCCUUUUUUUUUUAUAAGGAUCUUCGCUCAGACAUUACUCAGAACCAAUUUGUGAAAGGAAAUUAAAUUCAUUGUUGGGGGGUUAAUCUAUUGUGGUGUUUUGAGUUGGCAAUGUUUGUUGUUUGAACUUCUGAAUAUUGUUGUGUAUGUCAAGACUCUGGAAAACCAAGAAAUGCUUUUAUUCAAUGGAGAUUUCAUCUGUGAAAAUCA